GUGCGCCCCCACAGCACAGGUCACACCCACCCACGUGGCCUAGUGUACACAAAGUUCUUUGUACUUCAUAUUCUUUGUCAUCUAGUUCUGAGUUCGAGUUCAUUAUUGGUCUACCGAGCUUGUGAGGGAUGUCUUCACUCAGUCUAUUAGGCCUAACCAGGAAAGUUUCUGUGCUGGUGGCUUUGAUAAGCGUCUGCCAUUUUGUCUUGGGACACGGUGACCACGCCUCUUCUCAGUGGGAGUUCUUGAAACAGUUCUCUCGUCCGUUUGAUAGUACCUACGAACUUUGGGGAUAUGCCCUCUCGUCAACGGCUAUAAUUAGCGCUGCUCCAUUCUUCAUUCUCUUUUUUAUACCUCUAGAAAAUGCAAGCGAGCAUUCUUCACUUUUGAAGGUUCUACUGAGUUUCGCUUCUGGAGGAUUACUUGGCGAUGCCUUCCUUCACCUUAUCCCUCACGCUAUCUCCCCCCACCACCAUCACCACGAUGACGAAACGUCACAUGACCACUCACAUGAUGACAACCAUUCUCACGAGCAUUCACAUGAUCACCAUGGACACGAUCACAUGCAAGAUAUGAUGGUUGGACUAUGGGUACUAGCCGGUAUAGUUGCCUUUCUCAUGGUGGAGAAGUUUGUUCGGUUAGCUAAAGGCGGACACAGUCACAGUCACCUGCCCAAGAAACCAAAGGAUCAAGCCUCUGUUGUGAAGGAGGCAAACAGUACUGUCAAGAAGAGGAACAAGAGUUUCGAGGGCUCCAAAUCUGACAGCACUUCUAAAGAAGCUUCUCCCAGAGGCGGAAUCAAAGUAGCAGCAUACCUCAACCUUGCUGCCGAUUUUGCUCACAAUUUCACUGACGGACUAGCCAUUGGAGCCUCUUAUCUAGCCGGUCGAUCCAUUGGAAUCAUCACUACCAUCACUGUCUUGAUACACGAAGUACCUCACGAAAUCGGAGAUUUUGCAAUUCUAAUUCAAUCCGGACUCCCCAAACGUAGAGCAAUGUUUCUACAACUUGGGACGGCUGUGGGCGCGAUUGCCGGGACCGUGGCCGGACUAUUGGCCGAGGGGGUGGGGACAGACACUGCCACGGCUUGGAUUCUACCGUUUACGGCUGGAGGGUUCAUUUAUAUAGCAACGGUGUCUGUGAUACCGGAACUCUUAGAGAACUCGUCCGUGUGGCAAUCUACAAAAGAGAUAGUAGCCAUGUUUGUAGGAAUUGGGAUGAUGGUGCUCAUAACAUUCGUAGAGUAGGAACUGUUAACCGUUGACACAUUACAGCUUUUAUAAUAUAAUUAUGGUGUAUCUCGUGCACUCGCUGAGCUGGUAUAUUAUAUCUAGUGAAUGCAUGGGAAUCAAUACACUUUACAAGUACGCACACUAAAGCGAAUGAUGUCCAUACAAUUCAUACAUUAUAUUGAUUCAUAAUUAUUGUCUCCAUUAAUUUAAAGUUUUGUCAAAUUAAAACCAAUUAACAAUUAUAACCAAUUAA